AUGGCCAUGGUGACCGGCGGCUGGGGCGGCCCCGGCGGCGGCGGCGACACGAACGGCGUGGACAAGGCGGGCGGCUACCCGCGCGCGGCCGAGGAGGACUCGGCCUCGCCCCCCGGCGCCGCCAGCGACGCGGAGCCGGGCGACGAGGAGCGGCCGGGGCUGCAGGUGGACUGCGUGGUGUGCGGGGACAAGUCGAGCGGCAAGCACUACGGCGUCUUCACCUGCGAGGGCUGCAAGAGCUUCUUCAAGCGCAGCAUCCGCCGCAACCUCAGCUACACCUGCCGGUCUAACCGUGACUGCCAGAUCGACCAGCAUCACCGGAACCAGUGCCAAUACUGCCGCCUGAAGAAGUGCUUCCGGGUGGGCAUGAGGAAGGAGGCGGUCCAGCGUGGCCGCAUCCCGCACUCGCUGCCCGGCGCCGUGGCCGCCUCCUCCGGCAGCCCCCCGGGCUCCGUGCUGGCGGCCGCGGUGGCCGGCGGGGACCUCUUCCCGGGGCAGCCGGUGUCCGAGCUGAUCGCGCAGCUGCUGCGCGCUGAGCCCUACCCGGCAGCCGCGGGGCGCUUCGGCGGCGGCUCCUCGGGCGCCGUGCUGGGGAUCGACAACGUGUGCGAGCUGGCGGCGCGGCUGCUCUUCAGCACCGUGGAGUGGGCGCGCCACGCGCCCUUCUUCCCCGACCUGCCCGUGGCCGACCAGGUGGCGCUGCUGCGCCUGAGCUGGAGCGAGCUGUUCGUGCUCAACGCCGCGCAGGCCGCGCUGCCGCUGCACACGGCGCCGCUGCUGGCCGCCGCCGGCCUGCACGCCGCGCCCAUGGCCGCCGAGCGCGCCGUGGCCUUCAUGGACCAGGUGCGCGCCUUCCAGGAGCAGGUGGACAAGCUGGGCCGCCUGCAGGUGGACUCCGCAGAAUAUGGCUGCCUCAAGGCCAUUGCGCUGUUCACACCUGAUGCCUGUGGCCUUUCAGACCCGGCGCACGUGGAGAGCCUGCAGGAGAAGGCGCAGGUGGCGCUCACCGAGUACGUGCGGGCCCAGUACCCGUCCCAGCCCCAGCGCUUCGGGCGCCUGCUGCUGCGGCUCCCCGCCCUGCGAGCCGUCCCCGCCUCCCUCAUCUCCCAGCUGUUCUUCAUGCGCCUGGUGGGCAAGACGCCCAUAGAGACGCUGAUUCGAGACAUGCUGCUGUCCGGAAGUACCUUCAACUGGCCCUACGGCUCGGGCCAGUGA